AUGGCCCGUUUGACGGAGGAGAUGGUAAUCGCUAGAUCUAAACAAUCAGACUUGCCAUCUAUAAAGAAGCUGAACUGCUGGGGCGCGGAGUUAGGUGACGUCAGCGUAUUAAGAAGACUGCCCAACAUCGAGGUUUUAGCGUUCAGCGUAAACAAGAUUCGGACGCUCGCUGACUUCGCGGCAUGUCGUCGGCUGCGAGAGCUUUACGUGCGCAAGAACGAGAUUCGAGACCUGGCGGAGAUACGGCAUCUGCGGCAUUUGCCCGAUUUGACCAGCUUAUGGCUAGAUGAGAACCCAUGCACCCAUCAUCCAGAAUACAGAAUGACAGUAUUAAGAAAUCUACCGAAUUUGGAAAAGCUGGACAACAUUCCUGUAUAUCCUGAGGAGGUUCAAGAAGCGAUGCGACGCGGUGUUCAUAUCCCAGACUCUGAUGAUGAAGGCUAUCCACAACAGCAAGAAUAUACACAGUACCGCAACGUGCGUUCCUGUGAGUCCAGUCCAGACAGAGAACCAGAGCAGUACUACCGCCCUCCACAACAGCACCAAAAUAGGCUAGAACAGACGAGUGACGGCUCCGUGGAAGAGACUGUUCCGGAGGCACAGUCUCCAGUCACGCAGCGGUGCCCUGCUUCCCCUGUGCGUCGCGUCGCGUCCCCUGAAGACGAGCGAUACGAACACCCCGCCAUGACCUCAUCGCAUUACGAGCCGCGCGGUCCACGAUCACCCGAUGCGGGCUCACUAAGACAUUCUGUCUCCGCGCACAGCGUUAAGGAUUACGCGUAUUCAGCAAGCAACGGAGAUUGGCGGCAAUACGGCUCAUCAGUUGCUUCGCCCCCCCAAAACGACUGCAGCGAAAGAAGCGAUCGUAGCGACACAUACUCAGUUAGAGAAUGGGAUAGAGGCGAGCGCGGGGAAAGGAGUGAGCGAGGAGGGAUGGGGAACGGGACGGGUCGGGAAUACCCUUCCGCUGUGAUGGGAGAGCGCCGUGGAUUCACGAGAAGGCCAGUAGCGCGGAAUUCAAAUCUACUAUCUGCGGUGUUGUGUCUCGUUAAGGAGUUGGAUUAUCCCAGUCUUGAAGUUGCUGAAAUGGCUGUCAGAUGUCGAAUGGACGAGUUAGCAAAUAGUCAGUGA